AUCCACCACAAGCAGGUAGCAUUCAGCGCCAUAAAGAACUUGGAUUUCUCUGCUGACUGCUUCAGCUUGAUAACAAUAACAAUUCAUUGCUCGUCUCGAGCGCAGAUGGAUCGCGAGAGCGCGAUGCAGGGCAGCAGUGGUGGCAACCCCGGUGCUGCCACGCAGGAGGAGUGGCUCUACCCUGGCGGCUGGCAGCCGGAGCAAGCUGUCGUGGACGGCGCGUUCCUCAUGGAGCUGCUGGAGGACGCGCCGGUGGCGGACCAGCCGCCAGAGGACGUCGACCGGCUAAGCCGCGUCAUCCGGUCCCUGGAGGCUGAGAUCGAUGGAGGUGGGCAGCCGCCCUCGGCGGUGGCAGACGCAGGCACGGCGGAGCAGGUCCUGGGAGACGUCCAUAUAGGCGCGCUGGAGGACUACCGCCUGCUGCCGUACCUUGGUAGCAUCCCCAGCCCCUGCGUGGCCGAGGCGCCGUUGGAGCUCUGGACGGAGGUGCCGGCGGCGGUGGGGCAUGGUAUGGGCGGUUGGUACCUGGACGGCGACGGCGUCAUGGUCGGGUACGAGUUCAGAGAGCAGUGCUUUUACGGCUACAACGAGAGCCCACACGUUGAGCAAGUGUACAGCCCCUUGUGGGAAUGAAUGAUCAAAUGUGAAACCACAUAUAACUAUAUGAAUUCAAGCCUGAAUGAAUGACCAAAUCUGUGAAAACGAAACGAAUCUAAAUAUAUGAAUUGAAGCUUAAAAUGUUUCG